AUGAAAUGGGUAUUUAGGUACCUAAUUGGAUCAAAUAAGGUGGCAUUGGUUUACAAACAACAACAAGCCAACACCACAGUAGAAGGCUACAGUGAUGCUGACUAUGCAGGGGAUAGAGAUAGUAGAAAAUCUACUUCUUCCUAUGUGUUUCUAAUGGGAGGAAAUUAUAUUAGUCAGAAGGUGCAAUUACAGCCUGUUGUGCCCCCCUCAACAAUAGAAUCAAAAUAUAUAGCAACUACUGAAGCUAUAAAGGAAGCUAUCUGGAUCAAGGGGUUAAUGGAAGAAAUCAAGGUACUUAGAAGGACUCCUACAGUCUACUUAGAGGGACACCUACAGUCUACUUAG